AUAAAAUUUUCAAUGUCUUUUCUACUAUAGAUGGCUGAGAAUGUCACCAGAAAGAUUGGAACAUCUUAUCCAGCUUGUCGGCCCAUUAAUAGCAAAGAAAAAAUGCAAUAGCCGAGUACCAAUACCAGUAGCAGAAAGAAUAGUUAUCACUCUCAGGUAUUUAGCAACAGGUGACUCGCAGCAGUCACAAGCAUUCAAUUUUAGAGUGGGAAGGGCAACUAUUAGCAAUAUCAUAAGAGAUACUUGCUGUGGAAUUUGGAAUGCACUCAGUGACACAUAUUUGAGUGCACCAGAGUCAAAAGAGGAAUGGAAAAAGAUUGCAGAUGAUUUUGAAUCACAGUGGAACUUCCGACAUUGUUUGGGGGCAUUAGACGGCAAACAUGUGGCUAUGGAAUGCCCUAAAAAUAGAGGGUCCAGUUAUUAUAAUUACAAGGGGUUUCAUAACUUGGUGCUAAUGGCAAUGUGUGAUGCUAAUUACGGCUUCACCCUUGUGGACAUAGGCAGCUAUGUGGGGGAUAAUGAUGCAUCAAUUUUCAAUCAAUCUGAGAUGGGGAUUGCAUUUGAAAACAGAAUCAUAGAUAUUCCAGAUCCAGCAGUUGUUAAUGGUAAUACUCUUCCUUAUGUCAUCAUUUCUGAUGAAAUCUUUCCAUUAAAAGAACGGUUGAUGAAACCAUACUCUGGCAAGAUUCUUAGUGAGGAGAAACUGAUUUACAAUUACCGGCUCUCCAGAUGCAGACAGACAAUUGAAAAUGCUUUUGGAAUAUUGGCUGCAAGGUGGAGGAUUUUUCGAAGGCCAAUACGUGCCAGUACUACUACAGUGGAAGGAAUAAUGAAAGCAUGUGUCUGCCUUCAUAAUUACUUAUUGCAGACUGAUAAUGCCUUUUAUGUGCCAGCUGGAUUUGUUGAUGCUGAAGAUGAGACGGGGGAAAUAAUUCCUAGCAGUUGGAGAUGUAAAACUUCAGAUGAAACUUCUGCCUUAAAAAACAUUGGCAGAGCAGGGAGCAAUAAUUAUAAGGCUGAUGCAAAAGCUAUGAGAGAAAAUUUCAUGACCUAUUUUAACAGUGUAUCUGGUUCUGUUUCCUGGCAAGUAAAACAUGUUACCAGUACUGGAGCAACACUGCCUUCAACUUCCACAAACUGUUAACUACUAAAUAUGUCAUCACACUGUAACAAUUAUAUAUACAGAGAUCUAUUAUAUAUACAGAAUCUGCAUAUAAGAACCAUCCAUUUUUACAAACCUGCAGCCUGAAAUUUCACUAUUUCUUGAUGGAAACAUAUAAAGCUUUAAUUCAAUACUCUAAUUCAACACAACAUUGAUUCCCAAAAACAUGGGAAGGCACAUUCAUGCAAACUUUAAUCCACCAAUCCCUUGAGGUGUUGCUAAAAUGCUUUAUCACUAAGAACCAGCACCAGCUGAAUUCAAAAAUCUGGGUUUUUAUAUGUGGGUUUUUACUGUAUUUCAUUGAUCCAACAAUUUAAAUUUUAGUAAAAACUAUACAUCCAGUUCAAAAAGUUUGUUUUCUUUCAUUAUUUGCAUUAUUGAGUAUUCUGAUUAAACAUUUGCAUUUCUGAAAUUCACAAGAAAGUCAAGUAAUUUUUUUUAAUUAUUCAGUAGUUAAACUGUAACUGUGACUACUGGGAGGUUUUUAAAAGCUGUUGGAAAUAAGAAAUUAUAUUUUUUCUGAGAUUAUAGAAAUGAAGAAAAAUUCAUAUUUUCUGAGAACUAACUGCAAAAUAGAAAUUUGUUAUUGGAUGAAAAAUCUAAAACUUCACAGAAUGUAUUUAACACUUUAACAGCAACAGUUUAUUGAAAUAAAAGUGUGCGAGUAAGUCAAAAUUGUUGAUCAUCUCAAAUAUUGCUGAAUUGUUGUAUGAGUUUAUGUUCUUAUAGAAUAGUUAAUGAUGUGGUUGGAUAUUCAUUUUGCCUGUUUUCUUGCAUUUGCAUUUCUUGUGAAUAACUUCCUGGGGCAUUAGUUUUCACGUUGAAGUUUUGUGGCUGUUUACGGGGCCUGUAAUAUUGUUGAGACAUGCUUGCUUCAUUCAUUUGAUAAUUAAUAUUACCAGCACCAGGUACCUGUUGGUAAUGAGCUUUCUGUUGUGAAUCUUUGUGCCAUUCAAUGUCAUUAAAAACAUUCAUUAUUUGAAGCUUUGCCAUUGAUUUAUAUCUUGGCUCUAAAGAUCUCAUUGGACCAAGGAGACUUGAACAAAAAUGUUUGUCAUCAUCAAAUGAUUCUUGCUCUGGAGAUGCUGUAUCAGUCAUUGCUUUUUGCAUGCUAUGCAUUGUGUUUAGAAAUUCAUCAUUAGUCUUUGUUGUUUCUUUUUCAUCAUCAUCGGCAGAGUCUUCUGUGAUCUCAGACAUGACAUUGAUAACGUCAUUUGUUCUCCGCUUGAAGUUUGUUGUGCUUGGUCUGUGCUUAAUAUGAUUCAUCAGCCACCGUAAAUAUUCCAUAUCACUUCUUAACUCUGGUACAUCGCUGCGACCUGAGCCUGAUCUGACACAUUUUAAACGUUUGGCAUACUUUGAAAAUGUCGUUCGAAUGUUGUUGUAUCUUUUUUGGGCUUCUGCAAUAUCAAUUCCUAAUUUCUGGCUUAUCUCCUUCCAUGCAUUUCUUUUUUUUCAACGGAAUCUUGAAGUCCUUGCAGCUCUUGUCGUAUAUCACUUGGUAAUGUUGCACACAAUUCAUAAGCAUUUCAUUAUUGAUUUCUUGUUCUUCUGCCAUGGAUGCACCGCCAUUCGCCAUUUUCAAUUUUGGCUUCAUCCGGAAGCAGAGGUUAUCUUUCUAAUUGGCUUAUCUGGCUCACGUGAGCAAAAUUGAACAAGGGAACGUCUGCGAUGAUCGCAGACUGUCUGCGAUGAAUAUUUCUAUUAAUUUUUUUGUGGAUCGGGAAGGAUCGGGACAGUUGUAAUGAUCGGGAAAGUUGA